CAUACAGUGUCGUAUUGUUGUUACAAUAUACGGAGACAGAGUGAUACACCCCAUUAGCAGCACAGGCGCUUGAGUUAUAUUUACAUGAGUGCUGCUCAAUACUAAACACAAGUUAUUGACGUCGUAGUUAUAAACCACGAUUUCUGCAUACACAAAAGAAAACACACAUUUUACGUCGAUUUGUAUAACAUGACGUACUGAGCAGCUCCUUUGAUUACGUAGUAAAACGGCGACAAACUAACUGGUAAAUUCGACACUUCAACGAAAAUUAAUGCUCUAACCCACGUAAUCAGAGACGAUGGUUAGCUACGAGCCCUAACCAAAUUGCGAUGCAAAACAAAAAGUUAAGCGAGGGUAUAGUUAACCGGCAUGCAAGAAUUACAUAUUGGAGAACCGUAAUAUUUACUAAUUCUUGGAAAGGGAUUAGAGGCGUGGAGUUUUUACCUAAGGUCUAUGAACCCUUUAGGGCCAAGAAGAUUUUUGGGGAAAUCGUAAAAGAAAUAAAAACGAGUUCUUAUUUUGGGUUAAGUUUUUCCAACGUAGUCUUUAGCUUUAGAAGUUUGUAACCUUUUGAAAACGUGCAGUCAAAAAAUUCAAAAAAAUUAAAAGAAUUGAUUUUUUUAAAGAAAAAUUUACUUUAGUCUAUCCUACAGAACACUGUUGUAUAGUACCGAGUUAAACAAACAUAUAGAAGCGAAUACGUGAGAGGAAUGGUACGGACAGGAGUUUCUGCUGUCCUGUGUGUUCUAGCAGUUCUGCUGGCGUCGGCAUGGGGACAAAUUCAAGUUCACCAAUCGGGAAACUACACUUUCGCUGGCAACCUCACAGCUGGCAACAAUAACGUUACCAUUGUGUUUCCUACAUGUCAUAAUGAAACCAAUAUCGUCGUCGCUGUGGUCUAUAAAAAUAACGUCGACUAUGUACGCAACAUCGAGCCAUGGGGCCUUUUCUACGAAGUCAAGCAGUAUGGGAAUUUUGUCUGGCACUUAGCUUCAUUGAAUAGCUGUACGAAUGAUACCUGCAACUUACAAUGUAGCGAAUCGACCUGUUCGUGCAAACCUGGGUUCAAAGGAACAUUUUGUUGUGAAAAAAUCAUUACACCUUCAGACACACCAAGUUGUACGGAUUCAACGUGUAAAAACAACGGUACAUGUAUCGACCUUUUGGAUGGAUAUAGCUGUUCGUGUGCAACAGGAUACGUUGGCCAAAACUGCACCAUUGUUGAUACAUGUGUUGAUGACCCUUGUGCUAAUAAUGGGACAUGCAACGUUGAUAAUGGUGGUUACAAUUGUACUUGUAAACCAGGAUAUAAAGGGACAAACUGCACUGAAAUUGAUUUGUGUUACCCUGACCCAUGCCAGCACAAUGGGAAAUGUACUUCAACAAGUACAGACUACACUUGUGAAUGUCUGUCUGGAAUGUAUGGGAAAAACUGCUCAAUUGUUUGCAAUUGCACAAAUGGAGAGUGUGUGCCAGUUGGAAACCCUGCAACAGGAUUCACAUGCUCAUGUUUUAAUGGCUUCGAUGGACCAACUUGUUGCGAAAGUGUACCAAAUCAUUGCCUUGGGUCACCAUGUCUAAAUAAUGCAACUUGCAAAAGCAAUGCGACUGCAUAUACAUGCAACUGCCUUCCUGGUUACAUGGGAUACAACUGUUCAACAUAUAACUUUUGUGCUAAUAAGACAUGCUUGUAUGGUGGGCAGUGUGAAAACUUAAAAACAAAAGCAGAAUGCAGCUGCUUGGAAGGUUUUAUUGGGGACACCUGUGCUACUGUGUGUGACUGCGUCCAUGGCGACUGCGUUCCAAAUCCAACUGGUGACAACUUCACUUGUAAUUGCCAUCCUGGUUACACUGGGCCUACGUGUUGUCAAAAUACAACUGGUCCUUGUACAAAUGAGACAUGCGCACAUGGACUGUGUCACGAUAUCAAUCAGACAGAAUAUUUUUGCAAUUGCUCAACCGGUUACACUGGAAAAAACUGCGCUAUAGACAUAGAUGAUUGCAAUCCAAACAGAUGUAUGCAUAACUCUACCUGCCAAGAUAAGGUGGCUGAUUAUAUGUGUAACUGUACAGCUGGUUAUACAGGAAAGAACUGCUCUAUAGACAUAGAUGAUUGCAAUCCAAAUAGAUGUAUGCAUAACUCUACCUGCCAAGAUAAGGUGGCUGAUUAUAUGUGUAACUGUACAGCUGGUUAUAAAGGAAAAAACUGCUCUAUAGACAUAGAUGAUUGCAAUCCAAACAGAUGUAUGUAUAACUCCACCUGCCAAGAUAGGGUGGCUGAUUAUAUGUGUAACUGUACAGCUGGUUAUAAAGGAAAGAACUGCUCUAUAGAUAUUGAUGAAUGUGCGCACAAUCCAUGUGUGCAUGGUAGCUGUAGUGACCUUGUGGCAGAUUAUAAAUGCACAUGUAUGGAUGGUUAUGAAGGAAAGAACUGUUCAGAAAACAUAGAUGAUUGCAAUCCAAACAGAUGUAUGCAUAACUCCACCUGUCAAGAUAAGGUGGCUGAUUAUAUGUGUACCUGUACAGCUGGUUAUAAAGGAAAGAACUGCUCUAUAGAUAUUGAUGAAUGCGCACACAAUCCAUGUGUACAUGGUGACUGUAGUGACCUUGUGGCAGAUUAUAAAUGCACAUGUAUGGAUGGUUAUGAAGGAAAGAACUGUUCCGAAAACAUAGAUGAUUGCAAUCCAAACAGAUGUAUGCUUAACUCUACCUGCCAAGAUAAGGUGGCUGAUUAUAUGUGUAAAUGUACAGCUGGUUAUACAGGGAAAAACUGCUCUAUAGAUAUUGAUGAAUGCGUCCCCAAUCAUUGUGUCAAUGGAACUUGUCAUGACAGAGUAGACGAUUAUUUCUGUGAAUGUACUGUUGGUUACGAGGGGAAAAAUUGCUCAGAAGAUACUAAUGAAUGUCAAAGGAAUAGCAGUCUGUGUCAAAAUGGUGGUUUGUGCAUAAACACUGCUGGUAGCUAUCACUGUAACUGUAUAUCUGGGUACACAGGACUCGACUGUUCAAUCCCACCACGUUGUGCCAACAACACUUGCCAUGAGUUUGCUACUUGUUCAGAAGCAAGCACUGAUCGGGGUUACUCAUGUGUUUGCUUUACUGGCUGGAUUGGUGAUGGUUUUAACUGCAGCGCAUAUUGCGAAGCGGGGCAAGUUACUCUUGAAAAUGGAAAGGUUUUUUCUUUUUCCAAAAGUAUUUUAAACGAAGUGGUGGCUUCAAAUGAAACUUGUUUAGAUGGUCGGUCAAUUGCACAAACUACAUGCAAGUUUUCCAGCACUGGCGGCAGAGCUAAUUUUGAUACAGUGCACCUCCAGUAUUUACCCUGUAAUAUAACUCUUGCCACUGAGUUUGGUACUGAUAAAAAUUGGACUGCUCCUGUGAAUAUGACGGUCAUGGAUAUUGAGGAGAAUGCAGUGAAACUUGGUAUACUAACCACAUCAAGUAAUAUCAGCGCAGAUGUGGCGGAACAGGCUACUAAUAUACUCAGCUCUUUGUCAAAGUCUUUGGUAAAUUUACCGGAAGACAGCUCUACUGGAACAGAAGAGGUUGUAACUCGAGAGGUCGUAGAAAGUGUCUUACAGGUUGGUAACAAUGUUAUGAACACUUGGAAAGCGAAAGGACAUGUCAAUGUCACUGGAACAGAUGAUCAACCAUUAAGUGACGAAGAAAACAUGGAAUAUGCUGCAGAAAAGACAGAAGAACUAAUUGUAGCAGUUGAAGUAUUUCUUGAAAGAAUGGAGACACCAGAUUACUCAACCAUCACUAUUCAAACAACAAGCAUAGAUGCAGAGGUUGUGAGACCUCCCGUGUUUUUGACCGAUGAUCCAACCCCAAGUUUAAUAUUCCAACCCCCGCUUCGAUUCCAAGGUAACUCAGGUGAUGCUGAGCUAGACAACUCUGUCGAAGUACCUGGCGAACUGUUGGAAUACGCAUCCAACAAUUUGGAAUCUAACAGGAAAAAGAGAGCUAUAAUAGUAAGAAGAAGGUUGCGCGUGGUUUUCACGUCGUUCAGAAACGAUGUUCUGUUUCCCUCACCAACACCGGUUGCACGGGUGACUCGAGUUCAGAUCAAAGAUUUUAAACAAGAUGUUUCCACACAACCCAGCAUACCACCUAUCACUAUUAAGUACAACACUAUACGCGUGAAACAUGGUGAUAUUGUACAAACUAACACAACAAAAAGAAUUCGAACAGAACUUCAGUGCUCAGAGUACAACAGACCUAAAACCAAGUGGGUGCCUGGAAAGUGUGUGUUGGUAGCAGGAACAUACCCCCCUAGGUGUCACUGUAGACGUGUCACGACGUUUGCUUGUCUUAUAAAACAUGUUGAAUUUGGUUCUCAAGAAGCGUUAUCCUUAGUAAGCAAGAUAGGAUGUGGAUUAUCAAUUGUUGGAGUUGUUGCAACUUUUCUGAUCUAUAUAACAAUAAAAUCAUUGCGAGACCGUAAGCCAUCUCUAUACCUGCUCAACAUAUGUGUUUGUCUUUUUAUAAUAUACGUCACAUUUCUUGUUGGAGUUCCUGCUAUUGAAACUAAAACUGGAUGCGAUGUGGCGACAAUUUUCCUUCAGUUUUCCCUUCUUGCUUUCUGGUUUUGGACAGGAGCCAAUGCUUACAAUCUCUACAAUAUGCUGGUUAAUGUGUUUGGUGGAGGAGAUGAUUUAGCAACAUGCAAAGUUGUGACUGUAUGUUAUAUCUCACCUAUGAUCAUUGUAGCAGCGAAUGUAAUAGCAACCAUAUUCACCACAGAUCUAUCCAAAGAUCUUUCAGAUCCUGAUUUCAUAUCCGGGUACCGAUUAAACAAUAUGUGUUGGUUGCGUGAAUAUUCGCUUUACUUUGGUUUUAUUCUCCCAAUGGGCCUCAUACUCCUUGCUUGCAUCAUAAUCUUCAUUGUUGUCAUGAUAAAACUCACUGUGAAAAGAAAAAAGGUACAAUCCACGGCAAAGGAAAAUGGUGUUAGGCAAGGCCUUCUGUUUGCUGUUGUACUGUGUUCUUCCAUGGGUUUGGCUUGGGUGUUUGGUAUCCUAAUGCUGGCAUCAGACAAUCCAAAAUAUGUAGAAGUUAUGUCAUGGCUCUUCACAAUAUUCAAUGCGUCUCAGGGCAUUACCAUAUUUUAUUUGAAUUGCUUGCGUCAGAAAGCGGUACGAAAGAUGUGGUUUACCCCAAUAAUCGGAAAGUAUUUUGGACGUGUGGCUUCUGUUAAACCAUCAUCAACUACAAGCCAAGAUAGCACCAAAGGAAAGACCUACAGCACAACUGAUAGUACAGCAAAAUCGACCAUAUUCAACACAUCAAACUCUCACAGUACCUCAACACCAGCAUUUUAAAAGUAGUCUGGGAUUAAUAUAACAGACUUGAAAAUUUCAAAAUCUUUUGGAAUUUUUUUAAAAAUUUUGGAGGGGAAUUAAAAAUUUUCAAAAUCUGUUUGAGUACUAUAGUCUAUAUGUUAUUGUUUUUACCAAACACUGUGUGAGCCACUGAGCUGCAUAUAUAACUAGACGAUCAGAUGACUGUAAUUUAUUUUUUUCUUUUGUAGUAUUUCAUACUUUCUAAAGAUGUAUAAACUUUUUUUGAAACUUUUUUGUAUUGUUUAAUGCGCAUGGUUAUGUGUGUGUAUCUGCUCUGUUAAUCAAACCAGAACUUGUGUGUAAUAUUGAAACUAACCGUUUAUUUUAGAGAAACAACUAUGCUAAGUGUGUGUUGUGAAUUGCCUGGGAGUAAAUCCGGUUGCCUAUUUUAAAAUAGUGGUUUUCCAAAAUUAAAAAAGGCCUUUUAAAAAACUA